AUGCCAUCUGAAAUGGAAACUACUUUUCUGGUGGUGGCAAUAGGAGAAUUUGUGAUUGGAAUGCUGGGGAAAGGCUUUAUUGUGCCGGUGAACAGCAGGGACUGGGUGAAAUGUAAAAAGCUCUCUUUAGCGGACUGUAUCCUCACCGGGCUCGCUAUCUCCCGAAUCGGCCAUCUCUCCAUAAUAGUACUUGAUGCAUUUGUAAUGGUGUUAUGGCCACAUGUCUAUGGCGAUGAUAAACUAGCCACGUGUAUGGCUAUUGCUUGGACUCUGAACAAUCACCUCGCUACCUGGUCGGCUACCUGUCUAAGUGUUUUCUACUUCUUUAAAAUAGCCAAUUUCUCCCAGCUCUGCUUUGUCUGGCUGAAGCAGAGAAUUAGCACAGUGCUGUUGGUACUCCCGCUGGGGUCUUUGUCCUUCCUGAUGGCCCACCUGGCAUUAACAGAUAAGUUUAGUGGCUGCUGGAAUGUUUGCGACACUUACUUAAGAAACUCAACUUGGCUGUCAGGUGUAAGAUUGCUAUGUACUAAGAGCUUGGUGGCUGACAGUUUGAUCCAGUUAAUCCCCUUUCUUCUUUCUGUAAUCUCACUGCUCCUUUUAUUUCUCUCCUUGAUGAGACACACCAGGAAGCUGGAACUCAUCUCCAGACCCAGGGACCCCAGCACUGUGGCCCAUAAACGGGCCAUGAAAAUGAUAACAUUGUUCCUCCUUCUCUUCAUGGUUCACUUUUCUUCCUCUGUGUUAACAGGAUGGACUUUCCAUGUGUCGCAGAAAAUUCAAGAUGGUUUUGCUGUCACGCUAGCAGUCACUCUUUUUCCUUCAGGCCACUCCUUUAUCCUAAUUUUGGGAAACAGAAAGCUGCACCAAGCUGCCUUGCAACUACUGAGGCAUCUUAAAUGCCACCUGAAAAGGGUGAAAACUCUUGCUUCAUAG